AGGCUAAAUAAUCAUGUUUCAGUUAUCACAUUGAAGCCAUAGAAAAACUCCUUGAUUGUCCAAUCGAAACACCACUAUCCAACAAACCCUAUUAACAUCGUCACCGGCACACUCUUCUCCGGCAAUACCUCCCCAGAUUCCGACCGAUAAAAGCUUACCCUUUUAGCUUGCCGCCUGAAGUUCCGUUUGUCACCUAUCAAGAGGAUGCUUAUGUUGAGGCAUUAUUCUCCACUGGAUUUUGCUGGAAGAUUGCCAUUUCUUAAACCCCCAAAGACCGUUAGCAACUUUGUGGUAUGUGCAGCCAAAGGUCCUCGACCAAGAUAUCCACGAGUUUGGAAAACAAGAACAAAAAUCGGAACGGUUUCUAAAUCACUGAAACUUGUUGAAUGUAUAAAGGGAUUAUCAAAUGUCAAAGAGGAAGUCUACGGGGCUCUUGAUUCAUUCAUCGCAUGGGAUUUGGAAUUUCCUUUAAUUACUGUGAAAAAGGCUUUAAAAUCACUUGAAAAUGAGAAAGAAUGGAAAAGAAUAAUUCAGGUAACCAAGUGGAUGUUAAGUAAAGGCCAAGGAAAAACAAUGGGGAGCUAUUAUUUAUUGCUAUCCGCUUUGGCAGAAGAUGGAAGAAUCGAUGAAGCCGAAGAACUAUGGACAAAACUAUUUUCCGAUAAUUUAGAAAGUAUGCCGCGAAUAUUCUUUGAUAGAAUGAUUUCGAUCUACUACAAGAGGGAUAUGCAUGACAAAAUGUUUGAGGUUUUUGCUGACAUGGAAGAACUCGGCAUACGACCUACGGUUUCGAUCGUUAACAUGGUUGGAGAUGUACUUCAGAAGUUGGGGAUGAUGGACAAAUACCAGAAAUUAAAGAAGAAAUACCCGCCUCCUAAAUGGGAGUAUAGGUAUAUUAAAGGAAAACGCGUUAAAAUCCGGUCACAAAAUCUUAAACAACCCGAGAAUGAGUUUAGCAAUGAAGUUGAGAAUGAGGACUCGACGAAUUCAAAACAACCCGAGAAUGAGUUUAGCAAUGAAGCUGAGAAUGAUGAGGACUUGACGAAUUCAGAUGGAUCUGAAGUGGAUGAAGGUGGUGAAUCUGAUAUAUCUCUUUCUGUACCCUGAUGUUAAGGAGUGUAUGUGUGUGGUUAGUGUUAGAAUCAUUGUAUCAUAUGAUUGCUGAUAUGGUAUAGUAGAUCAAUCAAAUAUGUCGUAGAUGAUGGUGUGAUUUGUGUCUCAUGCGAAUUGCUCAUAUAAAGUUGGUCUAUCGUGUCAUUAAUAAUAGAGUUUAGUUGUCUGGUUAUGUAA